UUUAGUGGGCCACGCCCCCAUCGCGGGCGCUGCCGGGAAGGAGGAGGGAUGAUGGAUCCGGUCCUCUACGUAGUGGCAGCGGUGCUGCUGGUUGCUCUCAUCAUUUUUGUGACCCGCGUCCGGGAACAGGCGGCAGCAGCAGAUCAGGAGCAUCAGCGCAAUGUGGAGGCGGCGGCUGUUGGAGGACCAAGGCCCCAGCUUCUUGGACAUGAAAACGAGAGGGCUGAAGGGAGGGUCCGGCGCCGGCGAGACUUGGGGAGCAGGCUCCAGGCCCAGCGCCGGGCCCAGCGCGCUGAGGAAGAGGAUGAGGAAGUGAUAGAAGUCCAGGAAGAAGAAAGUGGCGAUGAACCCGCAGAAAUUCAACCAUUGGGAAAAAUUGGAGCCAAGAAACAGAGGAAGCUGGAGGAGAAGCAGGCCAGGAAAGCCCAGCGAGAGGCAGAAGAAGCUGAGCGUGAGGAACGGCGCCGACUAGAAUCCAAGCGGGAGGAGGAGCGGAAGAAAGAGGAUGAGCGACUUCGCCUAGAAGAGGAAAGGAAGGAAGCAGAGGAAAGGAAGGCCCGGGAAGAGCAGGAGCAGCGUGAGCAUGAGGAGUACCUGAAACUGAAGGAGGCCUUUGUAGUGGAGGAGGAGGGCGAAGCGGAGACCAUGACGGAGGAGCAGUCUCGGAGCUUCCUGACUGAGUUCAUCAGUUACAUUAAGCAGGCAAAAGUUGUGCUCUUGGAGGACCUGGCAUCUCACGUGGGCCUGCGAACCCAGGACGCUAUCAACCGAGUGCAGGACCUGCUGGCCGAAGGCACGCUGACAGGUGUGAUUGAUGACCGUGGCAAGUUCAUCUAUAUCACACCGGAGGAAAUGGCAGCCGUGGCCCAGUUCAUCCGCCAACGAGGACGUGUGUCCAUCUCUGAGCUUGCACAGGCCAGCAAUUCCCUCAUCACCCUUACCCCAGAGACUCCUGCCCAAAUUCCAGCUUAGCCCUGGAGGCCUGCCCUGCUUGGCCCCCUUGGCUUUCUUUCUGAUGAUGGUCAAUCACUUCACAGAUUAAAGAGACUGGAGCAGUG